AGCUGACAGGUGGCAGGUGCGCGUCGUCCGACGUCCGACGUCCGAGCUCCUCUUAAGCGCGCCCUCGGCCGGCUUUGCGGUUCUCGGCGGUGACGAUGGCGACGGCGGCUCACCUCUUUGCGCUUUUGCUGGCGGCCUCCGCGGACCUCCUGGCGACGCCGCCGCCUUUGCCGACGGUCACGUGCGGCGCGGAGGGCGCGGCGGGGGCGGCGGCCCUCGCCGUCCGACACGUCAACGAGCAUCACAAGCACGGCUUCAAGUUCGGCCUGUGGAAAGUCCUCAGCAGCAAUUUCCAACAGGUUCCGGGGGGUUGCCACAUCGGCGUGCACGUGAAACUGGUGCAGACCAAAUGUCACUUCACCGACCCAAAACCGCUGGAGCGAUGCCAGCCCUUCGGACGCGCCGAACGGGGCGCAGUGGCAGCCUGCGUCGCUUACGUUUGGGUCGCUUGGGGCUCGGCCACCGUCGCCGGAUACGACUGCGCCACCAGACCAGAACCGCGCGACGAGGAGCUGACCCGGACUUGCCCCGACUGCCCCACCCUGCUGGCCCUGGACGACCCGACGGCGGUGCAGGCGGCGCAGCAGGCGGCCCUCAAGUUCAACCGCGAGGGCGCCCACCACAAGUACUUCGCCCUGAUGGAAGUGGCCCACGCGACUUCUGCGUACGUCAGAGGUACAGGCCCGCAGACCUGGAUCCGGUUGGCCCUGGUGGAGACCAACUGCCCCCGAGAGGCCAGGAACCCGCUGGCGGUCUGCAGACCCCUCUGCCUGCAACGAGCUGUAAGCCGCUGCAAAGUAAGGACCCCCCCCCUUUUUUUUUUUUUUGCGUUUCAGUACGUCAGAGGUACAGGCCCGCAGACCUGGAUCCGGUUGGCCCUGGUGGAGACCAACUGCCCCCGAGAGGCCAGGAACCCGCUGGCGGUCUGCAGACCCCUCUGCCUGCAACGAGCUCGUCACGCCUAUUGCAAAGUCACGUAUUACAACAUGCAGAAAGAAGUGCAAGACAUGGAAUGCGAAAUCUAUCCACCCAAGAAUUCUGCACCCCCUCCGGCCGGCGUGGAGGAGCCCGCGUGCGGCCCGCUUUUCCACGAAAGUCCCGAAGCGAAAGCCUGCGAGGCCCGGCUGGCCGUCCGCGAACGGGCCGUCCACCACAUUUGUCCCUUCCCGCUUGUCGUAGUCCUGCAGCGGGAACGCUACCCGCAGGAGCGGGAGCCUUGGUGUUCAGAAGACUGCGAGUAA